AUGCCACCCCAAGCAAAAUACGCUGUGCCGCCGCCAGAUGUAAAAGGUUUUCGUGUCUUUGUAAAAACUGCGUAUCCACCUCGAUACAAUUUUGCUGUUGAAAACUACAAUGCAGUUUCGGUUAAUCAUAAAACCACGAUGCGUGGCGGUCGUUUACUAUUAUUUCGAUCUGUAGUCGCAGUCGUCUGGAUUGUAGCUAUGGUCUUUGCAUUUCUGACUUUUAUCAGCGCUGCACUCGUCACUUUCAACGUAUUGUUAAGUGCGCUCUACAUUGGUCUAUCAUUAUACAAUGGUUAUGUUUAUUUUAAUAAUCGUGAUCUUCUGAAUGCGUCACGUCUUCUACUAGCGAAAACUGCUGGACCAAAUGGUCUCGAUUACGAAUGGGUAUCUGUUCCAUUAGAUUCGCGCAGUGCCAAUGAGAGAUUAUCUGCUGUUGAUCAAUCAGCGAUCGAUCGAGUUCGAAAAGAAUUUGUCGGUAGUAAUCAAAGCGAGAUGAUGUGUAUGGUUUAUACUGCACGCUAUGCCAACAACUAUCCAACAUUUCCUAAAGAACUUUUGAUUCAUUUAGCAGCAUUUCUUGUAUCCAUCACCAUUGGUUUUUGUGUGCUUGGACUUAAGCUUUAA